GUUGGGUUAUGUUUUUUUGUUUUUGCCGGAGAGUUUGUGUUUCAAAGUACUCACACAGAUUUUUAGAAUAAAUUAACUUUUUUUUAUAAACAUGGAUAAUAUUAAACAGCCUGAGAGAAAGAAUUUGAAAAGAAACUCUGCUGAAAAAUCUAUAAAAGGUGAUAAAAGCGUAAAGAAAUGUUCCAAGACGAAACCUAACCUCAAAAACACUGUUGCAAAAACAAAAGGCAAGAGGAAGACUGUACGUAUAACUCAAGCAAAAUUAGACGAGGCUAUGGAAGCUCUUACUGCGACUCCGCAACUAAAACCAAAGUGUUGCUUCCGGUCAUCACUAAAUGGCCCCAUGCAGAACUAUCCACUGAUGUCUUGCAAUAGUAUUCUCAAGGCUAUGCAGAAAUGCAUUGAUCAGCAGGAUUGGGGAUCUUUCUGCAAAUACAUGCUUCAUUUGGGAACAAAGCAGACUGACGACAGAUUCCUGUUCAUCCACUUGAAGUUGGCAAUUCUCGGUCUUACAUUUGAUCCUAUAGCCAAGAAAAAUAAUUUGUUGACCGAAUUUGUAGAAGCUAUUUUGAAGCACUGGCACUUAGCCGGAAAAGUAUCCGAAGAUGAGGCAAGAAAAAAUAUCUUUUCAAUCCUCUAAUAACCUGGUAUCGAAAAGCUAAUAAAGCACACACAAAACAUCUUUUAUUGAAUUGUACUACGUGAAUUUGAUAGAGUGGCUACUAUCAAUGGAGCCGAAGAAAGUUAACAAUCUUACAUCAUUUGAACUAAUCGGGGAAGCAUUUCACUCAUCAGGUGUGUAAAUAUAAUUUUGGGAAAUUCUCAAGGGGACUGAAAAUGGAGGAAGAUUCAAUAUACGAUAAGAUAAAUGAUUGCCUAUAUAAAAUUGAACUCUGUGUUGAACAUCGCAAAUUCAGCAUUCACAUUUAGAGGAUUAUUAAUCGGGAGCACUAACCAGUUACAAAAAUGACGGUGAUCAAAGUGAGUGUGAUUGGAGUAAUUCUCUGCCUUCUUGCGACUGUUAAAGGUUUCCCAUCAUCAGAUGUUAGUGUUCGACUUGUGGGCGGUUCAAAUGCCGCUCCUGGCCAAUUUCCACAUAUUGUAUCAUUGAGAACACCUGCAAAUGUUCACUUUUGCGCUGGGAAUCUUGUGUCUGUUUCUUGGGUCCUUACUUCUGCCCACUGUACUGUCGGACGUGCAGACGAUGGAGUGAUGGUGGUCGCAGGGAGUGUAAGACUGAGUAGUGGUGGCAUGGAACGUCAGAGUCAACGAAUUAUAAAUCACGAUCAUUUCAAUGCCAAUACAAUGGCCUAUGAUAUUUCUCUGAUCCACACAGCCAUGCCUUUUCCUGUCACCACAAGUAUUCGACCGAUCGCAAUGGCCAAUUAUACUCUUCCGGCUGGGAGAACUGUUGUCCUCUCGGCCUGGGGGCACACCUCGUACCCUGGCGGUCAUCUGGACGACAACUUGCAGUGGCUGCUCGUUUCAACGAUCUCAAUGAGUCAAUGUCGUAAUAUGGUACCUGAUAUCGAUGAAUCCUUUGUACAUGACAACACAGUUUGCACUAUGCGUGGAACAUCUGGCUUUGGACUGUGUUUGGGCAAUAUGGGUGGUAGUCUGCUUGUUGGGAACACCCUUGCAGGUGUGUCUUCCUGGCAUGUUGGAUGUGCUAUUGGAUAUCCAGACAACCAUGCCCGUGUGGCUUCCCACAUCGCCUGGAUUCAUUCCACAAUGAUCGGAGGCUAAAUAAUAAAUCAUUUUGAGAAUAUCCCCAA